AAGAUAUCCACUAGUUUGACUACUAUCACUUGCCUUAAUAUCUCCACAAGUACAUUUCUGGCUACUUCUUCAAUGGGUCUUAUCACUUCACUAACCAUGUGCAAGAUAAUUCUUAGUUCUCUUAUUCCAGUUCCCCGACCAACACUAUACGAUGACACAUUUUCAUCUGAUCUCAGAUAUGAUCUUGAGUUAACAUGGAGCAUGCCUAAUUGUGAAGAAUGUGAAAAACACGGAGCUUUGUGUCAUUUCAAGAAUGCUACAAGCAGACAGCCUACCUGUUCCUAUGAACCUAAAGCAGGUGGAAUCCAUGUUAUCAAGAUCAUAGCAUUGUGUAUUACUGUACCUGCAGUCGUGGCCUCCAUGACCAUAGCCACCUUCAUAUGCUUCUCAAAGGGACCCGAUGCUCAUCAUCAAGACGCUGAAUUAGCAUUGCAAACUGUGAAUGAUUCAGAAGGCCUGGAUGAAAGCACGAUUGAAUCAUAUACCAAAGUAGUAAUAGGCGAGAGCCGGAGACUUCCUGCAGGGCCGAAUGAUGUAACCUGUCCUAUAUGCUUGUCAGAUUACCAUGCCAAUGAAAAAUUAAGUGCAUUCCUGAGAGCCGACAUUGCUUCCAUUCUGAGUGCAUCGAUGAAUGGCUUAGACGGAAAGGACUUGUCCAGUUUGCAGGAAUUCACCUUCGCCUGCACACAAUAACUCUUCGGCUGCAUGAGAAGGAAUGGAAAAUUAUAUAUGUGCAAGCGUGUCUUUCCUGACAUGUUCUUGUAAACAUCCUGGUUGUUUAUUGAUUGGUAGUAUUU